AUGGUGGUGGAGAAGACAACUGAAGUGCGUGCAGUCAUGAGGUUGGGAAUGGGCAACGCCGUGGUCGUUGCCGUGUCGCUGAGGAGAAAGCGUCGGGAAAGCAACACUUCUAGCUAG